AUGGCCCUGUCCUUCGCUCUCUCAAUCUCUCUCUCUUUCUGUUCAGUCGACAUUUUGAAGAAUGACAUAAGUGGAAAUAAGAAAAAUAGGGAGGAUAAUCUUGGGAAUGGGUACAUAAUUAUCUUUCUUGCUGUUUUGAUUUUUUUUCUUCUCUUUUUCUUAUUUUUUCUCUCUUUAUCUUUUCUCUCUCUUUUUUUUUCUCUUUAUUUUUCUUUUUCUUUUUCUUUUCUUUUUCCUCUUUUUCUUUUCCUUUCCUUUUCUCUUUUCCUUUUUUUUUUUUUUUUCCUUUUUUCUUUUUUUCCUUUUCCUUUUCCUUUCCUUUUUCUCUUUUCCUUUCCUUUUUCUCUUUUCCUUUCCUUUUUCUCUUUUCCUUUCCUUUUUCUCUUUUCCUUUCCUUUUUCUCUUUUCCUUUCCUUUUCUCUUUUCCUUUCCUUUUUCCUUUUUUUUCUCUUUUUUUCCUUUUCUUUUUCUCUUUUCCUUUUCCUCUUUUUUCCUUUUUCUUUUUCCUUUCCUUUUCUCUUUUCCUUUUUUUUCUUUUCCUUUCCUUUUCUCUUUUCCUUUCCUUUUUCUCUUUUCCUUUCCUUUUUCUCUUUUCCUUUUCUUUUUCUUUUUUCCUUUCCUUUUUCUCUUUUCCUUUCCUUUUUCUCUUUUCCUUUCCUUUUUCUCUUUUCCUUUCCUUUUUCUCUUUUCCUUUCCUUUUUCUCUUUUCCUUUCCUUUUUCUCUUUUCCUUUCCUUUUUCUCUUUUCCUUUCCUUUUUCUCUUUUCCUUUCCUUUUUCUCUUUUCCUUUCCUUUUUCUCUUUUUUGGAGAUUAGACCAAUCUCAUGUUUUAUUGGCAUCUUUACUCAUUAGCCCUCAUCUAUAG